UGCUUCCUAUUCGAAAUACCAUCGAUAGUUUGCCACUACUACUACUGCGAACAUGCGUAUUUAAAGAGGAAGCACAAACAGCUGUUGGACAUUUCACAUUUUUGGAUAAUUCGUUUGUCGGUGCGUGUUUUAUUUUGAAAUAAAUUUUCGCGUUAAAACAACCAAAAUGAUUAUUCCGAUUCGUUGUUUCACGUGCGGUAAAGUCAUUGGCAACAAAUGGGAGUCCUACUUAGGGCUUUUGCAAGCUGAAUACACUGAAGGUGAUGCUCUGGACGCCCUUGGGCUGAAGCGUUAUUGUUGCCGACGCAUGUUGUUGGGACAUGUGGAUCUGAUUGAAAAAUUGCUCAAUUAUGCGCCUUUGGAGAAAUAGAUGCGCUAAGAAGGGAACGAGAGUAACUUAAACCCCACCAAAAAAGUGUGUGGCUUUUCCUUGUGCGGUUUAAGUUUAGUGUAAAUAAAUGUGAAGUUUUUGUAGCAAAUAGCAACGGUUUAUUAAUGUUAAAAUAUUGGUUUUUGUAAAGAAACUGCACACAGGCAAAAUAAUAUACUCAAGCAUAUUAA